AUGCAUAUUAAAUUGUUUGCAGAAUGUGUAACAGACUGUGGAGGAAGGCCGCCGGGUCUGUACCCUUCAUGUGAGGGCUGCGACACGUAUAUCUCAUGUCUGGAGAAUGGGAACUUCAUAACUACAGUGUGCAGUCCUGAAAAAACAGAAUGGGAUGCCUUUGUCAAGAAAUGUGUGCCGCCCCCAUCUCCAUCAUGUACACUUCAUGACUGUGUGGGGAAUUGUCAAGGUCAGUCAGAUGGGACCUACCAUGCCUGCAAUGGGUGUGAUUUCUUUGCUGAGUGCACCUCUGGGCAGAUCAGUAUAAAGCCGUGUCCAGAACCGCAGAUGCAGUGGAACCAGCACACAAGAAAAUGUGAACGUGGGAGAUCACCCACUUGUAAGAUUGAAACGUUUAGAGCAUUUUCAACUAUUCCUGGAG